AUGGCUCCGGACAUCACUGACAGUGCCCGGCUCCCCAAUACCUUCGCACUGCUGGUGCCUUCCCACCACCUUCCCUUCGGUACGCCCCUGGGCGCCCCCAGUCUCCCGGUGCUCCCCUGGUGUCCCUGUCUCUCCAAGUGCUUCCCCCCUCUGAUGGUCCCCAUCCUCCCCGUGCUCCCCACUGCUGCUGCCCGCUACCCAGCGCUCUCCGCCCCGCGGUGCCGCUGCCCCUCGAUCGGACCCCCCGAUGCCCCCCCGCACAUCCUACUCACGGCCCGGAUCUGCCCCGGUGCCUCUCGCGGUGCCCCCACCAAUGCUCCCCCGUUACCUCACUUACCCAGCGCUCUCCGCCCCGCGGUGCCGCUGCCCCUCGAUCGGACCCCCCGAUGCCCCCCCGCACAUCCUACUCACGGCCCGGAUCUGCCCCGGUGCCUCUCGCGGUUCCAGAAACACGUGCACACCUACCGCAUCCUGCCGGACGAGGAGGAUUUCCUGGCCGUGCAGACGUCGCAGGGGGUGCAGGUGCGGCGCUUCAAGACGCUCAGCGAGCUGAUUGCCCUGUACCUGCAGCCCAACCAGGGGCUGGUCUGCACCCUGCUCUUUCCUGUCGAGAGGGAGAAAGAGAAGGAGACCGUGGAAGACAGGGACUACUCGGAUGGAGAGGAUGAGAAGCCGCCGUUGCCACCACGCUCCGGCUCCACCAGUUUCUCUGGCACCUCGGUGGGGCUCAGCCCCACUGGCCUGGGACCAUCUGUGCCAGAGGGGCCGGUGGAGAGCACCAAUGGGCUCAGCAGCAUCUCCCAUGAGUACCUGAAGGGCAGCUACACCCUGGACCUGGAGGCAGUGAAGGGAGGGGCCAACAGCCUCCCCCACCUCAACAAGACCCUUGUCACCUCCUGCAAACGGCUGCACAGUGAGGUGGACAAGGUGCUGGCAGGGCUGGAGAUCCUCUCCAAGGUGUUUGACCAGCAGAGCUCCCCCAUGGUCUCCAAGAUCCUGCAGCAGACUGCAGGGCAGAGCGGAGAGCAGGAGCUGGAGAACCUGGUGCUGAAACUCUCUGUGCUGAAAGAUUUCCUGUCCUCCAUCGAGAAGAAGGCACUGAAGGCCCUGCAGGAGAUGAGCUCAGCUGCCCCCGCCACCCCCCCUCAACCCCUCUCCCGCAAGGCCAAGAGCAUCCCAGUGCAGACCUUCGAGGUGAAGCUGGAUAUCACCCUAGGGGACCUGACCAAGAUUGGGAAGUCACAGAAGUACACGCUGAGUGUGGAUGUGGAGGGGGGCAAACUAGUGGUGCUGAAGAAGCAGAAGGACUCCCAGGAGGACUGGAACACCUUCACCCAUGACAAGAUCCGGCAGCUGAUCAAGUCACAGCGGGUGCAGAACAAACUGGGCAUCGUUUUUGAGAAGGAGAAGGAUAAAACGCAACGGAAAGACUUUGUUUUUGUCAGUGCCAGGAAGCGUGAGGCCUUCUGCCAGCUCCUGCAGCUGAUGAAGAACAAGCAUUCUCACCAGGACGAGCCUGACAUGAUCUCUGUCUUCAUUGGCACCUGGAACAUGGGCAGCGUUCCUCCCCCCAAGAACAUCACCUCGUGGAUCACCUCCAAGGGGUUAGGCAAGACCCUGGACGAGGUGACAAUGGCCAUACCACAUGACAUCUACGUCUUCGGCACCCAGGAGAAUUCUCUGGGAGACAAGGAGUGGGUGGACUUCCUGCGCUCUGUGCUCAAGGACUUCACAGAGGUUGAGUACCGCCCGGUGGCCAUGCAGUCCCUGUGGAACAUCAAGGUGGUGGUGCUGGUGAAGCCAGAGCACGAGAACCGCAUCAGCCACGUCAGCACCUCCAGCGUCAAGACAGGGAUCGCCAACACCCUGGGGAACAAGGGCGCUGUGGGUGUCUCCUUCAUGUUCAAUGGCACCUCCUUUGGCUUUGUCAACUGCCACCUCACCUCUGGCAAUGAGAAAACAGCACGGAGGAACCAGAACUACCUGGACAUCCUGCGCCUGCUCUCACUGGGGGAUAAGCAGCUGAGCUCCUUUGACAUCUCCCUUCGCUUCACCCACCUCUUCUGGUUUGGGGACCUCAAUUACCGCCUAGACAUGGACAUCCAGGAGAUCCUCAACUACAUCAGCCGCAAGGAGCUGGAGCCACUGCUGAAGGUGGAUCAGCUCAAUCUGGAGAAGGAGAAGCACAAGGUGUUCCUGCGCUUCGGUGAGGAGGAGAUCACCUUCCCCCCAACCUACCGCUAUGAGCGGGGCUCCAGGGACACCUACGUCUGGCACAAGCAGAAGCCCACAGGGGUGCGUACCAAUGUCCCAUCCUGGUGCGACCGCAUCCUCUGGAAGUCCUACCCUGAGACUCACGUCAACUGCAACGCUUAUGGGUGCACAGAUGACAUUGUCACCAGUGACCACUCGCCCGUCUUCGGCUCCUUCGAAGUGGGAGUGACGUCCCAGUUCGUUUCUAAAAAAGGGCUCUCCAAGUCCUCAGAGCAGGCAUACAUCGAGUUUGAGAGCAUAGAGGCCAUCGUGAAGACUUCCAGUCGCACCAAGUUUUUCAUCGAGUUCUAUUCUACCUGCCUGGAAGAGUUCAAGAAGAGCUUCGAGAACGACAGCCAGAGCAGCGACAACAUCAACUUCCUCAAGGUGCAGUGGUCAUCCCGGCAGCUGCCCACGCUGAAGCCCAUCCUCUCGGAGAUUGAGUACCUGCAGGACCAGCACCUCUUGCUCACCGUCAAAUCCCUUGAUGGUUACGAGUCCUACGGGGAGUGUGUCAUUGCCCUGAAGUCGAUGAUUGGCAGCACAGCGCAGCAGUUCCUCACCUACCUGUCCCACCGCGGCGAGGAGACCGGCAACAUCCGCGGCUCCAUGAAGGUCCGGGUGCCCACGGAGCGCCUGGGCACCCGCGAGAGGCUCUAUGAGUGGAUCAGCGUCGAUAAGGAUGAGACGACAGCCAGCAAAGGGAAGGUGUCGCUAGCUGCCAGGGCCACCCAGGACAAUGCCAAGUCUGUGGGGAGGAAGCCCACCAGUGCUGAGCCCCCCCCCACCAUCCUGGCCAAGCUCCCGGAGGAGCCCGAGAAGAGCAGCAGCGCAGCAGCACCGCGUGCCGCUGCCCCACACCGCAGCACCCCCAGGGACGAGGCCCCCCCGAGCCGGUCCAAGGCGGAGGCAAUGCCGGAGCUGUCAGGGGGUCCCCUGAAGAACAGCUUCAACAACCCGGCGUACUACGUGCUGGAGGGGGUCCCCCACCAGCUGCUGGUGCCAAAGUUCAAGAAGAGCUUCGAGAACGACAGCCAGAGCAGCGACAACAUCAACUUCCUCAAGGUGCAGUGGUCAUCCCGGCAGCUGCCCACGCUGAAGCCCAUCCUCUCGGAGAUUGAGUACCUGCAGGACCAGCACCUCUUGCUCACCGUCAAAUCCCUUGAUGGUUACGAGUCCUACGGGGAGUGUGUCAUUGCCCUGAAGUCGAUGAUUGGCAGCACAGCGCAGCAGUUCCUCACCUACCUGUCCCACCGCGGCGAGGAGACCGGCAACAUCCGCGGCUCCAUGAAGGUCCGGGUGCCCACGGAGCGCCUGGGCACCCGCGAGAGGCUCUAUGAGUGGAUCAGCGUCGAUAAGGAUGAGACGACAGCCAGCAAAGGGAAGGUGUCGCUAGCUGCCAGGGCCACCCAGGACAAUGCCAAGUCUGUGGGGAGGAAGCCCACCAGUGCUGAGCCCCCCCCCACCAUCCUGGCCAAGCUCCCGGAGGAGCCCGAGAAGAGCAGCAGCGCAGCAGCACCGCGUGCCGCUGCCCCACACCGCAGCACCCCCAGGGACGAGGCCCCCCCGAGCCGGUCCAAGGCGGAGGCAAUGCCGGAGCUGUCAGGGGGUCCCCUGAAGAACAGCUUCAACAACCCGGCGUACUACGUGCUGGAGGGGGUCCCCCACCAGCUGCUGGUGCCGGGGGACCCCGGCAAGCCCCCCAAGGGCAAGGUGCCGCUGGCAGUGCCGGAGCGCUGCCAGUGCCCCUCGGCGUGCCGCGGUGGCGAGAGCGAUGAGGAGGAGGAGCUCGGCACCCUCAACCUGCCUCCGCCGGAUUUUCCCCCGCCGCCGCUGCCGCGGGAGCUGGAGCUCCCCCCAAACACCUUCUUCGGCGCCCCCAAGGAGCUGCCGGUGCCCACCGGGUGUGAGGACCCCAAAGCCCACCCUGCUGCCUUCGGAGAGGCUCCCCUGCCCAAGCUGCAGCCCCGGCCACCCCCAGCGGCCAGGGCUGGGUUUGGGAUGGAGGGGGCCGGGGGGGUGCCCGUUACCCCUGCAGCUGGGGGGCUGCCCGCUCCCGGGGGCCUGCCGGGGCCCGCUCCCGGGGGCCUGCCGGCAGGGCUGCUGGAUGACCGCUCCUGCUCGGUGCUGCAGAUGGCCAAGACGCUGAGUGAGGUGGACUACGGGGGUGGGAAGGGCAGGGUGGUCCCCCCACCACCCCUGCUGGCCAAGGGGGGGCUGCCUCCCCGCUGCCUGCACCCCGACUACGGCCGCCCCCUUGCCUUCCCUCCCCACUCCAUCCAGGAGAGCAUCCAGGAGGACCUGGCUGAGGAGGCGCUGGGCCGUGGUGCGGGCGCCGCGCCCGGCGUGGGCGAGUGGCUGCGGGCGCUGGGGCUGGAGCGGUACGAGGAGGGGCUGGUGCGCAACGGCUGGGAUGACCUGGAGUUCCUCAGUGACAUCACAGAGGAGGACCUGGAGGAGGCUGGAGUGCUGGAGCCUGGCCACAAGCGCGUCCUUCUGGAGAGCCUCCAGCUCCGCAAGUAGCUGCCAGCGCACAUCCAGCAUCCAUCCCAUGGCCCAGCAUCCCAGAUCCUGCAGCCCUGCGUCUCAGACCUUGCAGCUGUGUGUCCUGCACCCCGCACACGCACGCCCUGGAUCCCGUGGCCGUGCGUUCUGCGCCCUGCUGCCGCGUAUCCCGGAGCUGCGGCCCUGCAUCCUGCAGCUGAGCAUCCCAGAUCCCCCAGAUCCUGUGGCCGUGUGUCUGCAGGCCAGCAUCCUGUGGCCACAUACCCUGGGUCCCGUGGAUGUGCAUCCCAGAUCCUGCAGCCAUGCGUCCUGCAGCUGAGGAUCCUUCAUCCCACUGUCCCACGUCCUGCGUCCGUUCAUCCCCUCACCAGCAGCACGUGGGAGCCCCACGAGCUCCACAGCCCACCCCCCACCCUGGAUGCAGGGUAACGGGGUGGGAAGGGGGAG